AUGCGUAUUAUUAAGGAAGAACGUAAAGGCUUCCUAUCCCACAUCCAUGUUAAAUGUAAUAUGUGCAAUGAAACGUGUAUUAUUCCAACCUGCAAAGAAUCGAACGAUGACAUAAACAAAGAUGCUGUCCUUGGUGUAAUGUCAAUUGGUUCUGGCCUUUCCCACUUGCAGCAAAUAUCAGCUUCUCUGGAUAUACCGUGCAUGUCAGGACGUAUGUAUAGCACUGUUCAUGAUGAGAUUUCCAAUGUUUGGGAAGAAACAAGUAUUAAAGCUAUGAAGGAUGCAGCAGACGAAGAAAAAGCUUUAGCUAUUGCUGCUGGUGAUAUUAAUGAAAGUGGCAUUCCAACAAUAACAGUUGUAGCGGAUGGCAGUUGGGCAAAGAGGUCUUAUGGAAACCGAUAUAACUCUUUAUCAGGUGCUGCAGCAAUUGUGGGAUAUCGCACUAAAAAGGUUUUAUUCAUAGGGGUACGAAACAAAUUUUGCCUGGUAUGUGACUCCAAAAGAAAAGAGAAUUCCACCCCAAAAGAUCACAAAUGCUACAAAAACUGGACUGGCUCUGCUGCAAGCAUGGAGGCAAAUAUAAUAGCAGAAGGGUUUCAGCGAAGCAUUGAGAUGUAUGGUCUGAUAUAUAACAGACUUAUAGCAGAUGGCGACAGCAACACGUACAAAAGAAUUUUAGAAGUUCACCCUUAUGAAAACAUUCGUGUUAAAAAAAUAGAAUGCAAAAAUCAUUUGUUGCGCAAUUAUUCAAAAAAAAUUAGAGAUCUCGUGAAAGAUACGCAAGCAGGUCCUCUAAAUCUUCGAAAAAUAAUUGAACAAAAUCAGCUUAGACUACGAUGGGCAAUAACCAAGGCAAUAUCACAUAGGAAGAAUGAAAAUGGGUCUUUAGACCAGAAAAUCAUCAACUUAAAACGGGACAUGAAUAACUCGAUAAGUCAUGUUUUUGACGAACACCGAGAAUGUCAGGAUUUGGGAUAUUUUUGUUACAAGGCCUAUAACGAAAAUAAUGUUUUAAAUGAUUUAAAAUCGACUGAUUUGUACCAGAAACUGUGCACUUUCAAAAAUUAUUUAGUACGCCAUGCUGAGAGUCUAAUCCAUGAUGUGGAAAAUAAUAGCGUUGAACAGUUUAACUCUGUUAUAGCAAAAUUUAUAGGAGGAAAACGAGUUAAUUAUUGCCAACGACGGUCCUAUCAAAGCAGAUGCGCAGCUGCAGUAGUAAGUCACAAUACAAAGAGAGUAAUCUACACGGCACGUAAACAUCUAUCUCCUGGAAAAAGUCCAAGCAAGUUUUCUAAAAAAAUGGAACUCAGAAGGACAGAAAAAAACCGAAAUAGAAAACCCGCCUGUAGAAAACCGUUGUUUUCAAAAAAGAACACUGAAACUGAAGAUAAUAAAAGUUAUGGAGAAAAAUGUGAAAAACCAGAUAUGACAGAUGAAGAAUUGAGACAUGCCAAAAACGAUUUCAAAGAAAGUUUAUGUAGGAGUAGUGAAGACAUAAAAACCAUUGAAGUUUUGACAAGGCAGCAGCAAAAUUCCGAUCUAUGGUAUUUGGAAAGACGAAAACGGCUGACGGCAUCUAUGUUUGGUGUGGUUUGCCGACGAAGGCCUACAACCGGUUGUAAAUCGUUGGUACAAUCUAUUUUAUAUCCCAAAAAAUUUUAUUCGGCUGCAUGCGACUAUGGCAACAAAUAUGAAUCAGUAGCUAGAAAUGCACUAGAAAAACUUAUUGGCAAAAAAAUUGAACCAUGUGGGCUAUUCAUUGACCAAGAACAACAAUUUCUAGCAGCUUCACCAGAUGGUAUAAUUGAGGAAAAGGGUAUUGUGGAAAUAAAGUGUCCAUAUUCUGCAACGGAAAUGACCCCUGAAGAAGGCAUAAUAAAAAGAAAAAUUACUUUUUGGGACAAAAAUGGUGUAAUCAAUAAAAAACAUAAGUGGUUUUACCAAGUACAGGGCCAAUUACAUGUAGCUAAACGAUUAUACUGUGUCUUCGCUGUGUGGACGCCCCACGGAUUGAAAACAGAAACUAUCCUUGCAGACGAAUCUUUCUGGUCACAUGAAAUGCAGGAUUACCUUGUAGAUUUUUUUGACAAUUGCCUUUUGCCAGAGAUUGUAGAUUCAAGAGUAGCACGUAAUAUGCCUAUCCGAGACAUAAAAAAACAAGUCAUUAAAAGACCUGUAGAGACACCCCUACCUCCCAAACACUUUUGACUACCCUGAAUAGUCAAUUGAGGAUGUUAGUAUUUUACAUUAUUAGCCAGGCAAAACAUGUUUUACUGGCGAUUGAAGGAAAUGACUAGCGAGCCGUCAGGCGAGCUUGUCACUUUCAAGAGCCAGUAAACACUGCUACCUGGCGUAUAAUGUACAAUAAUUUAUUUGUCACUCUUCCAGAAGGUAUAUAUACCUACAAGUAAUUAUUCUUGUGAUAAAACUGAUUUUUUGAAAAUAAAUAAGUCUACUAACUUGUAAUAGUUAUUUACAUUUAGUGCAUUUAUGAACAUGAUUACUAUAACGAGUGCGGAAAAUUAGAAAGAUGAGGUCGUAGACCGAGUCGUUCUAAUCAUACGAAUUUUGUAGUCAUGUUUAAACGCACGUGUUAUGUACAACGUUUUAUCUACAAAGCAAAAAUUAAGCAUGUUUUUUCA